AUGAAUCUAUCUCGAAUCGAGAUGGAUCCAGAUGGUGAGAUCGAUCUACCGGGCACGAAAAAGCGCUCCAACUCCGAUGCGACAGAAUACCCGCGGAGACGGGCAACGAUUGCUUGCCAGAUAUGCCGCUUGCGCAAGACACGGUGCAACGGAGCUCGCCCCAAAUGCCAACUAUGCACCGACCUGGGUGCCGAAUGCGUGUACAGAGAACCAGGUAUUAAGCUCGAUGCUGGCGAUAGGAUGAUACUGGAGCACUUGACGCGGAUUGAAGCCCUACUCCAUUCAAGUUUGUCCGGCCAAGGGUCUCAUGUAGCCCUUUCUUCUUCCCCAUCAACAAGCCACAGCACCAACAUUGGAGGCGAUGACCCAACCGCGAGGAUACCCAAGGGGAUUUCCAUGUCUGAAACAUUGUCAGCCGUGGGGUUGGGGUCAUGGGUCAACCCACCCCCAAGCAUUAGCAUAUCGACAAUGCCCAAGGUUCACACCACUCCGGCCUUGCAUCUUUUGCAGUGGCCCCUCAUUCGCAAUCUGGUCUCGGGGCCCUACGACCCGCAAAAUUUGCUCCAGCUCGAGAUGGCUCGAGAACCUCUGCGACUGGUCCCAAAUUCCGGCCUGGAUUUGGUAGAUGGGCCAGCUUAUGUCGAAGCGUUUUUCCACCAUGCAAAUGUUUGGUAUGCAUGCGUGAAUCCCCAUACCUUCAAUCGACACUAUAAGUCUGCUGCCUUACAGGGGCUUCAAGAUGGACCCGUAAGCUGUCUAGUUCUGCUUGUUCUGGCUCUGGGAAAGGCCAGUCGGAAUGGCAGCAUUGCCAUUGUGCCACCGGAUUGCGAGCCCCCGGGACUCGCGUAUUUUGCUGCGGCCUGGGCCCUCUUGCCAUCUGUCAUGAUACGCAACUCUGCCACUGCAGCACAGUGCAUGGUUCUCGCCUCGGCUUAUCUGUUCUACUUGGUUCGACCUCUCGAGGCAUGGACUGUGUUGUCCAACGUCAGUAUGAAGCUGCAGCUACUUUUCGGCAACCCGAGCCGUCUACCAGCCCAGUGGAAAGAGCUCAGUGUGCGUGUGUACUGGAAUACUCUGUUAUAUGAAAGUGAUCUACUUGCGGAGUUGGAUCUUCCUCAUUCUGGCAUCGUGAAUUUCGAAGAGCACGUGGAUUUGCCUGGCGGGUUUGAUGAAGACGAUGACGACAACGAUGAAAACCAUGGGGGAAAUCAAGAAGGCGAAGAUGGCUCUACCGUCAGCUUUCCCAAAGAGGUAGCAGGGCGCGACGAGCUCUGGUACUUCUUAGCCGAGAUUGCCUUACGGAGACUGCUCAACCGAGUCAGCCAUCUCAUCUACCAGAAAGACAGUGCUCAUACCCUCUCAUCCUUGGGCCCAAUUGUCUCGGAACUGGAUUUCCAACUGUCGCAGUGGUACGAAAAUUUACCUCGGCCUGUCCGAUUCCCUCUUGCCCCGGCGCGACUCUCCAACCCAGUACAAACUGUGCUGAGACUCCGUUACCAUGCAUGUCGCACGAUCAUAUAUCGUCCAUAUAUCCUGGCAGUCUUUGAACAGGAGCAGAUGGGCGCAGAACCAGGUGUUCGAGAGUGUUGCCGAAGAUGUCUGGAUGCCACGUUAAGGCAGUUAGAGCACGUCACCAGCCAUCGUGAUGGCCACCUCCCGUAUCUAUGGCAGGGUGCCCUAUCGAUGGUGUCCCAGACGCUCUUGAUCAUGGGUGCCACGAUGUCGCCAACUCUCUCAACACUCCUCUCUCCGCCUUCGAGCACGGAUGCUAUAAUUUCUAGCGUGAUUGUAGAAGUCGAGCGAUAUGCGCAUCUUGCACCGAGUUUGAAGUUGUCGGCUGAGAUCAUCCGGGACGCCGAGAGACGCCGGCAGGUCUGCCUUCGGUCGGCCGGAAUUAGGAUUUGA